UCACCGUAAUAGACAUGCGUAGUAAAUGUUUCACCAUAUUGGGAAACCCACGUUACAGACCGGUAUAUUUACUGGAAUCACAGCUUUUGUCAGUAAACAUAACAUAAAGUUUGUCCAACAGACCAGGAUAUAAAAUGCCACCUAAAAAGAAGGAAGCUGAAGGCCCCCCACCAUUAAUUGGUCGUGUAGGAACUUCUUUAAAGAUUGGUAUUGUUGGUUUACCGAACGUUGGGAAGUCUACCUUUUUUAACGUUCUCACAAAAAGUCAAGCUUCAGCAGAAAAUUUUCCUUUCUGUACAAUUGAACCAAAUGAAAGUCGUGUACCCGUUCCUGAUACUCGAUUCGAUUUCCUGUGUGAAUAUUAUCAACCACUUAGCAAGGUACCAGCUCAUUUAAAUGUAGUAGAUAUUGCUGGUUUGGUUCAAGGUGCUCAUGAGGGUAAAGGUCUAGGAAAUGCCUUUUUAUCAAACAUUAAAGCAUGUGAUGCUAUCUUCCAUGUCACAAGAGCAUUUGAUGACGAAGACAUCAUACAUGUAGAUGGAGAAGUUAACCCAGUACGAGAUCUUCAGACCAUCCACGAUGAACUACGAUUAAAAGAUCUAGAUUACUGUCAGAAACAAUUAGAACCGUUAGAAAAAAGUGUUGCACGAGAAGGCAAAACUGGUGACAAGAAAAAGAAAAUAGAACAUGACUGUCUAAUUAAAGUUAGAGAUGUCUUACAAGAUAAUAAAUGGCUUAGAAAUGUAACUUGGAGUGUAAACGAGAUAGAUGUUUUAAAUACCCAUUUAUUUAUUACAAGUAAACCAGUUAUAUAUUUAGUUAAUUUAUCUAUAAAAGAUUAUGUAAGGAAGAAGAACAAAUGGUUAGUUAAGAUUAAAGAAUGGAUCGACAAAAAUGAUAAGUGUGCCCUGUUGAUUCCGUUUAGUGGAGCUCUUGAACUCGAUCUGGCUGACAUGCAAACCCAAGAAGAAAAAGAUGCUAAACUUAAAGAAUUGGGAACAACAAGCGCUUUAGAGAAAAUAAUUGUGAAUGGUUACAAAGCUUUAAAUCUGAUUUAUUUCUUUACGUCUGGUAAAGAUGAAGUUAAAGCCUGGACAAUUCAAGUUGGAACGAAGGCCCCUGGAGCUGCUGGAAAAAUUCACACUGAUUUUGAGAAAGGGUUUAUAAUGGCUGAAGUCAUGUCAUUUACUGAUUUCAAGGAAUAUGGAAAUGAAGCAGCUGUCAAAAAUGCUGGUAAAUAUAAACAGAAAGGUAAAGAAUACGUGGUGGAAGAUGGCGACAUUAUUUUCUUUAAAUUUAACGCUGGAGCUGGAUUAACAGCAGCUAAAAAGAAGUGAAAAAUCCAUUGGCUGAACUUUAUUCUAUAUACAUAUACAAAACAGUUGCGUUAGAUGCUGAAGACGGAGAUGAACUUCUUGAAAAGUGUUUUAAUCUGUUUAAUAUGAAGUCAGUUAAUAAAAAUGUUUGAAUGAG